CUGGCCGGCCCUGCUUGGUGCUGCUGUGCCUCAUCUUGUCGAGUCCAAGUAAUAAAACCAUCCUCCCCGUUCGUGUGUUUCUACCGCUCUACUUCGUCCUCACCUACUCUUAUUUUGCUUCCCCACGAGCUUCUACCUCUUGCCUUUUCUUAGCUUACCUGCCAGUCCCUCGUUAAUCGGCAUAGCUUUUCAUUAUUUCCACACCCUCACUCCUCCUCAAACCACGUUCCAGCUUUCAGCUCCUUUAAUACCUGUCAGCAGCCUCUGAUAAAUAUCUCGUCACCUUCGACCCUUUUCUCAUCAAACUCGCUACUCGCUUCUUCUCUCGAUCGACGUAUACGAAUCACCGGCAAAAUGUUCUCCAAGUUCUUCUCCGCUGCCACCGUGGCUCUCGCCGCUUCCACCAUGGUCUCUGCCCAGACCUUCACCACCUGUGAUCCCACCAAGAAGGAUUGCCCUGCCGACCCUGCCCUGGGCAAGUCGGUCAGCAUUGACUUCACCAAGGGCAACGAUGACUCCGUCUUCCGCAAGCUCGACGGCACCGCCGUGAAGUUCGAGGAUGGCGGUGCUCUCUUCGCUAUCAACAAGGAGACCGACGCUCCCACCAUGGCCUCCAAGAAGUACAUCUUCUUCGGCAAGAUUGACGUCGUCCUCAAGGCCUCCCUCGGUCAGGGUGUCGUCACCUCUGUCGUCCUUCAGUCCGACGACCUCGACGAGAUCGAUUGGGAGUGGGUUGGUGGUGACAACGAGCAGGUCCAGACCAACUACUUCGGCAAGGGUGACACCAGCACCUACGACCGUGGUGCCUACCACGCCGUCUCCAACCCUCUCAACGACUACCACACCUACACCAUCGACUGGACCCAGGACUCCGUCAAGUGGAUCAUCGAUGGUGCUCUCGUUCGCGAGCUGAAGUACGCUGAUGCCAAGGGUGGCGCCAUGUUCCCCCAGACUCCCAUGGAGGUCAAGAUCGGAACCUGGGUUGCCGGCCGCAAGGACGCCCCCAAGGGCACCGUCGAGUGGGCUGGUGGCUACACCGACUUCACCAAGGGUCCUUACAGCGCCUACUACAAGUCCAUCACCAUCACCGACUACCAGGGCAACAAGGGUGUCAAGGGCGCCAAGGAGUACGUCUACGGUGACCGCUCCGGCAGCUGGGAGUCCAUCGUCGUCAAGACCGAGGGCGGAAGCGACGACUCCUCUUCCUCUGCCUCCAAGACUGCCACCAAGACCGAGUCCAAGACCACCAUGAGCACCGUCACUGCCUCCGGCUCUGCUUCCGCCACCGCUUCCAGCGACGCGUCCGCCACCGAGGAUGCUGCUUCCACCGCCACUGGCUCCAGCUCCGGCUCCGGCUCCGGCUCUUCCGGCGCUUCUUCUGCAGGCACCUCUGCCGGCGCCUCCAGCACCCCCUCCACCGUUGCCGCCAGCUCCGGCUUCAUGAACAAGGCCAGCCUUGCUCUCGGUGCCGCCGGCCUCUUCUUCACCUUCCUGCUGUAAGCGGGUUCUCCGGAACUCUUGAACGACCGUACAUGCGCAUAAAGACAACCCAAAAAUCAUUCCGUCCGGAGAGCGGAUUGUACAACUUUUUCACCUUCAAUCACGAUCCUUAUCACGACUGAACCACGCAGGCUCCUUUACGGAUCGAGCGAGCAGUUGGGGCCAAACCUUGCGACAUAAUCUGGUACUUUUAAUAAUCACGCUCUCCCGCGGAACUCUUCCUCCAAAAAUUUUUGAAGGAAGCUCUUCCGCGACGGCCUUGCCAAUAUUACACACGAGAGGAGGAAAGUCGAACAAUGGGAAUUGCAUUUCAGAUGGCGGAUGCCCUUGUUUUUUUUUUUUUUUUUUUUGAAGCAGCUGGGGUGGUGUUUGCGGAAGAUGGACUAUGAUACCUUUAGAGAAGAGUUGAAGACGCCUUGUGCCAUUUCGCCGAGGUAGUCGAGACAAAACGUUGACAAUCAAAAACCAUUCAGAUUUGAAC